AUGUCGGAAUAUGCAUUCAAGGCCAUCACGGCAGCAAACAUAACAUCCGUCGGCCUCCGUGGCAAAGACUGUGCUGUUGUCCUAACCCAGAAGAAGGUUCCCGACAAAUUGAUCGAGCCGUCAUCCGUUUCCCACAUCUUCAAGAUCUCUCCCUCUGUUGGAUGCGUCCUGACAGGAUCCAUAGCUGAUGCCCGGGCAUGCGUCGACCGUGCCCGCGGUGAGGCCGCCGAGUUCAGGUAUAAAUAUGGAUACGAGAUGCCUGGUGACGUGCUGGCGAAACGCCUGGCCAAUAUCAACCAAGUGUACACGCAAAGGGCUUACAUGCGGCCUCUCGGUGUUGCCAUCACUAUCAUCUCGGUGGACGAAGAACGCGGACCGCAAGUAUUCAAAUGCGAUCCGGCAGGCUACUUUUCCGGGUACAAGGCUGUUUCAUCGGGACCCAAGUACCAGGAGGCCUCGAACUAUCUCGAGAAGAAGCUGAAGAACAAGGACUACGCGGAAGGUGGCUGGGAGGAGGUGGUUGAACUCGGAAUCUCGGCGCUGAGCAACGUCCUCAGCGUUGACUUUAAGAAGAACGAGUUAGAGAUUGGCAUUGUUGGCGGUCCACGGCUCGAUGGGCAAGAGGGCACAGAUGUUGAGUUCCGGGCUUUGACUGAAGAAGAGAUUGAUGAGCGGCUGCAAGCGAUCAGCGAGAAGGAUUAA